AUGAAGGCCACCAUUGUCAGUCCUCUCUCGUCCACUUUCUCCUCCUCAUCCGCCUCCGCGUCGGCGUUCCACCUCUCACAGAACCCGUCUCAUGAGGGGCCUUUCAAGGGAGCGCCGCCCUUUUCCGAGCGCCGGCCCUCCGUCGUGUCCCCGGCCCUCCGGUCCGCGUCGCGGGGGUCCUUCUCCGGCUCUCCGCUCACCGAACCCCACCACCACCAACACCACCAUCACCACAACCAGCCGCAGCGCACGCCCGCCUCCGAGACGCAGUACCAGAACAACUACGAGAACGCCGUGCUGGACUCCAUGCACACGAGCACCACCGAGUCGGUCUUGCAGUGGCCUCACUUCGAUGCCUACCCGACCAUGCGGGACGGAUACGUCUCCAUCUUCCACCUCGAGCAGUCGCGGCCGCCGGUGAAGACGCGGUCGACGAGCAUGUAUCCCUACGUGACGGCGGAGGACAUCGGGGCCAUCAUCGACUCGUUCGAGCACACCGUCAACUUCUGGUACCCGACCAUGUCCCGCAGCCAGCUGGACCAGGUCCGCGACCUCAUCUCCGACGGCAUCCCCGAGGAGGACAGCAUCCUGGUCUGCCUGGCGCUCUUGACCAUGGCCCUGGGCUGCGUCGGCCAGGUCACCGCCGGGCUGACUGACGGCGCGACACUAAGUGGCGAAGAACGGAAGCGGAGAGCGGCGAGGAAGGCCAUGGGCGACAUGUACUUUGACAGCGUGCUGAAGAAGCUCCACGUCGUCCACACCAACGUGGGGAGCACGGCUACGCACUGCUUGUUCUUCACGGCCAUGUACUUUGCCUUCCUCCGGCGGCCGUUGCAGGCUUGGGAAUACAUCAACGCCGCCUCCGCCAAAUGUCUCCUGCUGCUCUCCUACCCACCCGAGUCCGAGUCCACGGAAGACCAGGAACGGAUUCGCAGGAUUUUCUGGUCUUGCUAUAUCCUCGAGAGUGACUACCUCGCCGAGCUCUCCGGGCUUCCCCAGUCCGGUAUCGCCCGCAUCGAGUCAUCGACUCCUCUUCCGGGGGAGUACAACACCCACCAGGACCCGCAGGUGGAGGAGCAGUCCUCCAUGUACUUCCUCGCCUGCAUAUCGAUGCGUCGUCUGCUAAACCGCGUCCACCAGCUCCUCUACGCCCACGGCACCGGCGCCGCCCUUGACCACGCGCGCUUCCCCUACGUCGUCGCCGAGCUGAACCACCAGCUGGACGAGUGGCGCGAGGUCCUCCCUCCGGCCUUCGCCUUCAGCGUCGGGUUCAACGUGGUCGGCAACAGCCAGAGCACGGCGACGGAGCACGGGGGCUUCCUGCGGCAGAGGUAUCUCACCUGCCGGAGCGUCAUUUACCGGCCGUACCUGAUGUGGAUGCUGAGCGGCAUGGCCGGCGGCAACGCCAUCAGCCAAGACGCUCUGAGGAACUGCAAGGCUUGCUUGGAUGCGUGCUUGCUGCAUAUCCUCAACCUGAGGGGGUUCGGCCAGACAGUCCUGGUCGAUACCUGGAUUUGCUCGCUCUCCAUGGCCGGCGCGAUGCUUGUUCUUCUCGCCGCCUGCCGUAUCCAGGCGUUGAAGGACUUGAUCGGGCCUGAAGUUAUGAGUGCCGGUGACCACUUGAGGCAGCUCUUGCAGGGCUGGCAGGGAGUCAUGGGCGAGCCUACGUCGCCGAGUGUUGACCAGGCCAUCAGAAUCAUCAGCGACGCAGACGGGUUCAUCCAGGACGUCUACAGGGCGGGUGAUUCACAUUCCACCAGGCGUCAAUGA